AUGGGUGAAGCAACCCAGAAGAAGCGGUACGCCAUCGUCGGCACCGGUGGUCGCUCCGGUUUCUUCUACACGGCCAUCGCCCAGGACUAUAGCAGCACAUCCGUGAUUGUCGGUCUCUGCGAUACUAAUCAGACGCGCAUGAACUAUGCCAACUCGAAACUGAAGGAGCUCGGCCACGGCGAGGUGCCAACUUACCCCGCCGCCGACUUCGACAAAAUGAUCGCUGAAACGAAGCCUGACGAGGUCAUUGUGACGACUGUCGACCGAACCCACAAUAUUUAUAUCGUGCGCGCCCUCGAGCUCGGCUGCAAUGUCGUCACCGAAAAGCCGAUGACCAUCGACGCCCCGCGUUGUCGCGAGAUCUUUUCAGCUGUCGAGCGGACGGGCCAAAAGGUGCGGGUGACGUUCAACUACCGCUACGCCCCGCACAACACCAAGAUUUUCGAGAUUAUCAAGUCGGGCAAGAUCGGAACCGUCACCAGCGUGCAUUUUGAGUGGAUGCUUAACGAGAACCACGGCGCCGACUACUUCCGCCGCUGGCACAGGGACAAGCGUAACUCGGGCGGCCUGUUGGUACAUAAGUCCACUCAUCAUUUCGACUUGGUGAACUUCUGGUUGCAGACAAGACCGCAGACGGUGUACGCCCAGGGAGACUUGAAGUUUUAUGGUCGCGAGAAUGCAGAGAAGAGAGGCGUGACGAAGUUUUACUCGCGCGCGCACGGCAGUGAAGCGGCAAAGGAUGACCCUUUCGCUCUGCAACUGGACCAGAACCCACAGCUUAAGGCGAUGUAUCUCGACGCCGAGCAUGAGGACGCGUACUAUCGCGACCAGAGUGUCUUUGGAGACGGUAUCAGCAUCGAGGACACAAUGAAUCUUCUCAUCAGGUACCGUAACGGUGCAGUCAUGACAUACUCGCUGACGGCAUAUGCGCCCUGGGAGGGAUUCAGGGUGAACUUCAACGGCACUGGUGGACGGCUCGAAGUUGAGGUUGUAGAGAAGAGCUACGUAAACUCCGGUGGUAGCCAAGCCUUGGAGGGUGCGAUUGAGAAGAGGACAAUGUUGCUUCGACCGCUCUUUGGACCGCCUGAAGAGAUCGACCUAGGCGAGGCCAAGGGGGCUCAUGGAGGUGGUGACCUUGUUCUUCUGAGAGACUUGUUCGGUGAGCCGGUUUCGGAUGAAUACAUGCGGGCUGCAAGCCAUGUUGAUGGCGCGGCCUCCAUCUUGACGGGCAUUGCGGCGAACCGGUCCAUUGCGACGGGACAGGUUGUAAAUGUGGAUGAUAUUCUGGUCGUACCAGAGAAAUGA